UCCUGCUCCUGCUCCUCCUCCUCGUGCUCCUGCUCCUGCUCCUGCUCCUCCUCCUCCUGCUCCUGCUCCUCCUGCGGGCCCGUCCGCCGCACGGGCCCGCGCCCUGCCAGGCUGCCGCUCGACUCGGCGCCUGCCUCCCGCAAUGCCCGCGCACGGCCGCCAGGCGCGGAGGCCCUCGCCCGACAGCGGCAGCUCGCACCCGCCGCCGCCGCCGCGCCGUGGGUGCGUGGCCCAAGCCCGCGGGGCACCGCGGUGCAUGGCCCGCCGCGCCCUGGCCGUGCCCUCCGCCGGCCUAUGGGGGCGAUGCGCGGCGGGGCCCGCCCAGCCGGCAACGUAGCCGCCGCCGCCGCCGCGCCCGCGCCCCGCGGGCCGCGCGGGCGGCGCCUGCAGGGCGGGCCCGCCCUGCUGCUGCUGCUGCUGCCGCUCGGCGGCGCCGGAGCGGCGUUGCGCGGCCCGGACAGCAGGCCGUGCGAGGUUGUCAACAGGACGUCCGAGAUCGUGGCAAACGAGACGCUGCAGUGCCAGUGCCCCCCUGGCGAGUUCUGGCACUGGCGGAUCAAGUCUUGCACGCCGCGGGGUGGCAGCGGCUACGAGUGCGGCUUCUUCCCCGCCGCGCAGCAGAAACUGGUCUGCCAGGACGGCCUCCGGUGCGUGAGGCUUGCCGGCGGCACGCGCUGGUCGCGGCUCGGCACCGGGCCGGCCACUUGCACCGCGUGCGCGGCCGGGGACGACUGCCCUGUGGGCCCACAGCGCUUGAGCGCGGAGUGCGAGAAGGCGUUCCUGGUCUCUGGCGAGGCCUGCGUGGCGGUCCGGCUGGAGGCGCAGCGGACGGGCGAGCCGCGGUCCGCUUGCGUGAGUCUCGAGGAGGUGAAGACGUUCUUGGGCUUGCCGCACGGCGGCGACGCGAUGCCACGCAUCGGGCCGAAGCUCGCGGCGAAGCUGGUCAACGUUGGGAACAACAGGCGCGGCCGGGAACAGCCCGCGCACUGUAAAUGGUUUCUCUCCCCAUCACCCCCAGAAGGAGUAGAAAGCCAGAGGACCGAGCAGGACGAAGAGAAGGCAAACGAGGACGGCCGCUCCACGGGAUGCGCUUCUCAGUCCGGGCAGGGCCUUCACGCGUGCGUGCCAGCUCGUCCGCGAGAGCUCGCCUCCAGGGGGCGCCGCGGCGAAGUGAGCAGCCCCGCGCGGGGGCCGCGGGGGUCGGGACUGCAGUGGCGGAGCUGAUCUUGGCGGCGCGGGCCAGGCCUCAUCAACAUCAGCAACAC